UCUACAACUACUUAUAAAUAAAGUUUCUGUCGCGGGAGACGCAGGCAUUGGUCAGUUUUAGGGACUUGCCUACCGACUUGUCAGUCACUCAUCGCUGGUUGUCCUGCACUUAACCAUCGCAUUGUCACCAGCUAGUUUGGCGAGAAGUUCACCUUCAAGCAUGCAGGACUUAACGAAACAAGAAACCAUCGCCCUUAGGGAAAAAUACAUAGGCAAGUCAUGUCAACUAUUUUUUCGAGACAAUCCUUUGAAAAUUGUGAAAGGCAAGGCUCAAUAUUUGUAUGAUGAGAGCGGGGAUCAAUAUCUCGAUUGUAUCAACAAUGUUGCUCAUGUGGGCCAUUGUCAUCCAGACGUAGUAGAAGCAGGCUGUGCUCAAAUGACUGAAUUAAACACUAAUUCCCGUUUCUUACACGACAACAUCGUAUUGUGCGCCAAACGGAUUGUCUCCACCAUGCCUCGUGGGCUGUCCGUUUGCUUUUUCGUAAACUCUGGCUCUGAAGCAAAUGAUCUUGCCCUGCGACUGGCCCAAAUUCACACCGGUAACAAAGACGUCAUCGCAUUAGAGCAUGCUUACCAUGGCCACUUGACCUCUUUGAUUGAAAUAUCGCAUUACAAAUUUAAUUUGCCUGGUGGUAUUGGACAGAAAGACCAUGUUCAUAUCGCACCCAUUCCUGAUUCGUACCGAGGUAAAUACAGAAAUGAUAGAUACAGUGAUGAAGAAAUAGGUGAACUAUAUGCCGAUGAAGUUGGGCAAAUAUGCGAAAAUGCAAAAAACAAAAAUGGAGCUGGAAUUUCUGCUUUCAUAGCUGAGAGUAUGAUAAGUUGUGGGGGGCAGGUGAUACCCCCAAAGAAUUACUUUUCACAGGUAUACAAAUAUGUUCGCGCGGCAGGUGGUGUAUGCAUAGCCGAUGAAGUGCAAGUUGGAUUCGGACGCAUCGGCCAUCAUUGGUGGGCUUUCGAAGAUUACGAUGUCAGACCAGAUAUCGUCACCAUGGGCAAACCCAUGGGCAAUGGACACCCUAUUGCAGCUGUGGUCACUACACCAGAAAUUGCUGCCAGCUUUUUUGGCACCGGAGUAGAGUAUUUCAAUACGUAUGGUGGCAAUCCAGUAUCCUGUGCAAUCGCAAAUGCAGUUUUCGAUACAAUCGAGCGGGAGAAUUUGAGAGAAAGAGCAGUAACUGUUGGUGAAUACCUAUUGGAUUGCUGUCAGCAGUUGGCUAAGAAGCACCAUUUGAUUGGGGAUGUCAGGGGAGCAGGUUUGUUCGUAGGCAUCGACAUUGUUGAAGACAGACAGAGUAGAAGGCCUAAUAGAUCGUGUGCAGAAUUCGUCAGGCAGAGAAUGAGGGAGGAACACAUCCUGAUAAGUCUAGAUGGGCCAGACUGUAACAUCAUCAAGCUGAAGCCACCGAUGGUAUUCUCCAAGGGAAACGUGAACGAAGUGGUUGCUGCUCUAGAUACAGUAUUAGAAGAAUACAAACAUAAAACGGAUACAGAUACGAUACAGACGCCCGCUGCGGGUAGGGCGAAUGUCAAAAAACACAGGCCUACAACAUCCACCUUUAAAAAACUUAUCAAAUCUAUGUGAUAAUUUACUUUUGCGGCUGUAUUCGUGGUGCAUAUAAUUGAUUUGACAUUUUAUUUUCUUUGGGCAAUCGUAAUUCAAGGCAUUUGUGCUGAUAUUUUCACUAAGCAGGAAGACUGAGGAGUUUCAUUUUAUUGGAAGAAAAAUAUUUAUGUAUAUUUAUAUAUGAACAUAUUUGAUGUGAUAUGACGAUUAUCAAUGUUUUAAUUGGUGUAAUAAUAAAUGAGAUAUGUAAAAA